AUCUGGUACUUUUGUUGUGGUGCCAUUUUUUUUUUCAAGAUCUGACCUGUAUGUAGUUUUUGAUUAAUUUCGAGACUAAAUUACUGAUAUUUUAAUUUUACUUGGUCAUAUUUUGAUUGCUUAAGUCGAUCUGCCUUUUUGUUCAAAUUUUGCAGUAUAUCAAAUGAAUAUCGGCUAAGUUUGUGUAAUUAAUCGUGUAAUAAUUGAGAACAUUUAAUCUUGUUGUAUCUGUAAUUAAACUUUUUCGGCAAUUGUUCGAGAGUUGAAUCAGUGCUACCGGUUCUCUUUGGGUACCGAGCCGCGAUAAAAAAAAACAAUAAAUCAUCCUUCCGUCAAUAAAACUAAAAGAGAGUACAGACUAAUUUCGAAAAAGAAAAAAAACACCACUAAUCACGACUCGACUUUUUUACUUUUUUAUUUCGACCGGCGCUGCUGGGCGGUGAAGUCAUUACGUACAGCCUUGUGUUCUGUCAUUGAAUAUAACAACUGGUAAUAAUAUUCCGCCCACCAAUUUCACCUAUUCCGAAGAUACGCAUCGGUGGCCGCGUAACGCCCACGUAAACAACAAAUGAGUCGGACCGGUGCGCUGUAUGAAAACACGCGAACUGGCUACCCUAGAAUUAUUGUUUUUUUAGUUCUUUCCGGCCAUCGGAACCAGCAGAGUUAAGCUUGAAUCUACAUUGAAUUAUUGGAUACUGGCCGUAUGUAAAAGAAAUUGGAUUGUAAAUUUAUAACGAUACACAAUUGAAUAACUCAAAUUGAUUACCAAUGUCGGACAAUUCUGUUCUCUCGAUUUACAAACAUAGUAUUCAAACAGAGAACUUUCUCACGGAACAUCAAACCAAAACAUACAUUUUUCACAUAACGUCUCUUUAUAAGUCACAGUGUCAUUAGUUUAGCGAGUAUGAGCGUGAAUAUGGAGCUGAUCAAAACCGUAGGUUAUUUAUUUGCAAUAGUUUUAUUAAUAGAAGUUGUUGGCGGCCAAUCAAUGCCCAAAAUAAAACCGGAAAGUUUCCAGAAAAACAAUAGAAUAUGUCAGACUUUACAGGAAGAUCCGUAUUUCGAAAUCGAUGAAGUGAUAGGGAAGCCAUGGAGGAUCUAUUACACGUGGAACAUGAGGUUCGAAAAAAAGUGUAUGGACAUGACGUUUAAAAAUGCGACGCCUAAAAUCGUUCAGAGAGUAUGGAACGACAUGCACGAGUAUCUUGAUGACCAGCCGAACUGGAAUGCCGCCACCUUACAUCUUAGUAUGGGCAAGGUGCGGCACGAGAUGCUACUUUUUGCCGACCAAGGACCCGCAGGCAGUUUCUCUGGAGUACCUAAUGUGGCACGUGAUGGAAGUAUAACUGUGAACCGGCACACUGUACCCCUCCUCAAGUUUCAACUGAAACUGGUCCACGGCUCCAAGUUUCUCGUAAUGACCGACUGCCACAUGGGAAUCUCGUCAUUAUCAGCCAGAGCUGACGAACCACCGUAUCGUUCAGAAUUGGACACGGUCACCGCAAAACUCGCCCUCGGCGACGGCUUCUAUACUUGUUUAGAUGAUCGAAACAAAGACGAGCUUGUUCCUAUAGCUUAGAGCUGUUUCCGAAAUAAAUUUUAAUAUAAUUUACAACUGCUUAUUUUUUUAUCAUUAUUGUAACGCGAUUAGUCAAAAUAGUCACAGUUUAUAUACUUAAAAGAAUUGUUAUCUAUAUGUAAGUAUAUAAAUGAAUUGCUGUUCGUUAGUCUCGCUAAAACUCGAGAACCGCUGGACCGUUUUGGCUAAUUUUGGUCUUGAAUUAUUCGUGGAAGUCCAGAGAAGGUUUAAAAGGUAGAUAAAUAUGAAAAUGCUCGGAAUAAAAUAAAAUAGACAA